CACACACACACACACACCGCUCCUCUCGGUCAGAGGCGGUCACUCGGCGCUGCUUCGCGCGGAUUUCUCGGUACCGAUGGUGUUUGUGGCGGUAUGUGAGCUCGGUUUCGGUUCCGUUAUGUUUGAUGCCAGCGUUUGGCGGAUCCGCAGCAUCCGGGACUCCGUGAGACUCGAGAUCAGCGACGAACCGAGUCCUGCGGUGCUGAACCGAUUCACACAUCUGGAUCCGGACACUCCUUACCUGGAGAAUGCGAGUCAGGAGAUCGGCGAGGAGGUGGAGGACGGCGCCGUGUUCAGCAUCACGCUGAGGAAGGUCCAGAUGUACCAGUCGUCCAGUAAGAGUCAGCGCUGGCUGGGAGUGGACUCGGACUCGGGCCUCAGUCUCUAUGAGACGUGUAAGCUGCGCACCAUUAAAGCAGGAACACUGGAGCGUCUGGUGGAGUACAUGGUCACCGCCUUCAGAGGAAACGACUCCACCUACGUCACCAUCUUCCUCUGCACCUACAGGACCUUCGCUACCACCAAACAAGUGCUGGACCUGCUGCUCAACAGAUACGCCAAACUGCAGCCGGGCGCAGAGGCUCGCAGAAUGACCGCUGAUGACCGGACAGAGCUCAGGAACACCGUCUCCUCUAUCCUGGGUGCCUGGUUGGAUCAGUACUCUGAGGACUUCUGGAAGCCUCCGGACUACAGCUGUCUGAGACGCCUGAUCCAUUAUCUUCAGCUCAACUUCCCCGGGUCAGACCUGGAGCGCCGGGCCUGCAACCUGCUGAGCCAGUUCCACCGCAGACUCCAGCAGGAGUCCGACCCGGACGUUCUGGAUCAGGGCUGCUGUGCGUUCGCUCUGCUGGAGGAGAACGGAUUUGAUGAAGAACGACCUGAUUUCCUGAGCUUUGACCCCACUGUGGUGGCGGAGCAGUUCACGCUGAUGGACGCAGAGCUGUUCAAGCGGGUCGUGCCGUAUCACUGUUUGGGAAGCAUCUGGUCUCAGAGAGAUAAGAAAGGGAAGGAACAUCUGGCGCCGACCAUCAGAGCCACGGUCAGCCAGUUCAACCGUGUCACCAACUGCGUCAUUUCCACCUGUCUGAGCGACCGGACACUCAAACCCGGCCAGAGAGCCCGGAUCCUUGAGCACUGGAUCCAAGUGGCCAGAGAGUGUCGGAUCUUGAAGAACUUCUCGUCUCUGCGUGCGAUUCUCUCGGCGCUGCAGUGUAACCCGGUUCAUCGACUCAAGAGAACGUGGGACGAAGUGUCACGAGAAAACAUUCGCAUCUUCCAGGAGCUGUCAGAGAUAUUCUCUGAUGAGAACAACCACUCGCUGAGCCGAGAGCUGCUGAUAAAGGAGGGAACGUCCAAAUUUGCCACUCUGGAGAUCAACCCUAAGCGAGCGCAGAAGAGACAGCAGCCUCAGAGAGAUCUGACUGUGAUGCAGGGGACGAUUCCUUACCUGGGAACGUUCCUGACGGAUCUGGUCAUGAUGGACACGGCCAUGAAAGACUAUCUGGACGGAGGCCUGAUCAACGAGAAGAGAAGGAAGGAGUUCGAGGUCAUCGCUCAGAUCAAGUUGCUACAGCUGGCGUGUAAUAAUUAUAAUUUCCAUCGUGUGGCGGGGUUCGGCGCGUGGCUCUCCAGCGUGGAGAAGCUCUCGGAAGCUGAGAGCUACAGUCAGUCGUGUGAGAUCGAGCCGCUCUCUGAAUCGGCCUCCAACACGCUGAGAGCAAAGAAGAGCUCAGGAAUCAUGAAGAGAUGGAGCGACCGGCAGCCGGUGGGUUCGGGUGAAGCCGGAUGCAGUGGUUCUGGAAGCUCUCACUCCAAGUCCUUCGAUCAGCUGCGCUUCCCGCCGGGUUUGAGCGGCUCGGCCGGUGACGGAGGAGACUCUCUCAGCGUGACCUCGGCCGGCUCCAGCAGCUCCGACGUGGAGGAAGUCAACAUCAGCUUCAUCUCUGAUUCCCCCGACGCUCUGGAGAGGAAGACCUCCACGCCCUUCGUAAAACAUUCCAAUUCUACCUUAGGGAAGUGCGGCCCUACGGCAGACCUGAUACCCACGUUCUGGGAGUCCACGUCUCUCUCGUCUCUGGACGCGUCGGGUCUCGGCUCAGGUUCUGGCUCCAGCAGUGCCUCCUCUUCUUCGGUGUCGUCCACACCGGUCACUGCGUCCCGCUCACACAAGCGCUCUGUGUCCGGCGUGUCCAGCUACUCGUCUCUCUCUCUGCCGCUCUAUAACCAGCAGGUGGACGACUGCUGCAUCAUCAGGGUCAGCCUGGACGUGGACAACGGGAACAUGUACAAGAGCAUCCUGGUCACCAGUCAGGACAAGACUCCUGCAGUAGUGAGGAAAGCCAUGGUCAAACACAACCUGGACCGCGAGAGAGCCGAGGAUUACGAGCUGGUUCAGAAAAUAAGCGAGGAAAAGGAGCUGAAGAUUCCCGACAACGCCAAUGUUUUUUAUGCCAUGAACUCCACGGCCAACUAUGACUUUGUCUUGAAGAAGAGAGGUUUCCCGAGAGCGGGCCGGACCAAACACGUGGCCAGCUCCACGCUGCCCCGGAUGAAGCAGAAAGGUCUGAAGAUCGCCAAAGGAAUCUUCUGAAUCUGUUUACAGUCAUUCCCCGAUCUCCAAACCCGUCUCCAGCCGCGGAUCGGAGGACUGAUCGACUACCAGGAUGCCACUGACCACCGCUGUGGUCAUCCGCCGGUCACAUGACACGUUCAGCUGUGUUUUUGCUCUGUACUCCGCCGGUGGUGCUCAGGCCGAAGAAACCUUUCUCUCUUCUUCUGUUUUGUUUCUCACACAUUCAGAGACACCGAGUGACUCCGCUACGGACGGAGGAGGUGGUGUGUGUGUGUGUGUAUAAAGACGAGCGGUGUGUGAGUAGAGGCUUCUGAGAUGGUUCUAACAGUGCAGUCGCUCGACUUCAGAGAUCACCGGUGACUGCUAGCAGUCGCUGCGUCGCUAAUCGUUCACGAGAAGUUACUCCUCGAGGCCCACGUCACGUUCUCAUAUGACCGCAGCAUUUGAAGUAAAAGUAUUAGUUCGUUGUGAGUGUUGUCGCUCCCCGUCAGCGGUCCGGAGGCAUCUGGAAGAGAUGUGGAGAAGAGGGAAAUCUACUUUAAAAGUAAAACUGCACAUGAAAAGAGAAAUUAACAUGAAUUGUAGUGAGUUUUUGUACUGUUUCACCUGUAGUUCAUGACUGAAUGCACAUGCUUCACAACGCUGACCUGCCAUAUUUCCACAACCCAGAUCCUUUAUAUGUGACUGUACGAGUGUGUGUGUGUGUGUGUGUGUGUGUGUGUGUGCGCGCAUGUGCUUGCUACCUGUUGUAACGUCUCUGUACGUGCGUUCAUGUCUCGUGUUUUAUGACAACAAAACCAAAAGGGCCAAAGAUCUCUGCGCUCUUCCGGAGCAUCUCAGUCCGGUGAGGUCAGCACUGCCUGUUCAGGAAAAUCAACCGUUUCUCGAGAUCUCUCAGAUCAGAUCCGAACACCCCAGAUAUCUGGUGCCAUUUGUCUUUUUCACUGUCAAAAAAAUAUUUAAUUAAAAAAAGGAAAAGAUUUUAUUAUAACUCACACGCUCUGGUUUUGUAUGUUCUUUUUUGUAAUUUUUGUACAAUAUGAAUUGUCCUUUGUACUUUUGCCUUUCAUUUGGUGUGUGUGUGUGUGUGUGCGUGUGUGUAUUUAUUGAUUUGUAAAUACUUUUUGUAGCAUUGUACAUUUAGUUUCUUCUCCCGUGUAAUUAUGAAUAUGUAAAUAUGAAUAUAUCUAUGCGAAGUUUAUACCACUCCAAAUAAGGGAUUGUGUUUCUUUCAGCUCCGUUGACUUUGGUUUUCUCGUUUGUCUCGUCUUUUUUUCAUGGUUUAAAUUGCUAUUAUUUUCUCCUUAUGAUGCACUGUUUCUAAUAUUGGCGGAAACUAAUAAACACAUGCAGUGCGAUUUGUUUA